AAUUAGAAAGUUGUUUAAAAUCGAAUGCUCUAUCUGAAUCAUGAAAACAUUUUGGCUUCAUAUCCCUUUAAGAUGCUGCUCUUUCUAACAGCUGAUAAAACACUUCUGAAUAAAAUGUUCCAUUAGUAUUGCAAUACGCUGUUAGUAAAUGAAACUGUUGCAUUCUGGGAUUUAGGGAUUUAUCUUCUAGAGGUGCAGUAUCAGAUAGUUAAAUAAUAAAUAUACUUGUGUAACUUGCAGAUCUUGUAUAUCUCCUAUUGAGAUUUAAUUCUUUGAAUGUAUUAAAUGAGCGUUCUGCGGAUCAGCUGUAAGCAAAGCAUACUAUCAUUUCUGUUACUCAGCACUGCAGGUGUUACAGCGCCACAGUGUGGCAGUUCUACUGUAUGGCAGCCAUCUAAAUCAGCUCCAGUAGAGGACAACGUUACCCCAAACAAACCAGUGACCUCCAGGGGUUAUUCUGUGAGAUUUGGGGCUGAAACAAGUCCAAGACAGGCCACUUACACCAACCUUGGUCAGAAAGUGCAUAAACCCUCACCCCCUGUUACAUCCGGUUAUAAAAGUAGCCCUGUUGAACAUGCACCGACACCCACCAGCCUAGGAUAUGCUGCCACACCAGCUGCUUCAGCAAAUCAAACCGCUACCGCUGAUCAAUACACAGCACAAAAUUCUGCAUCACCGCUUCCUACAGCUUCUCCAGCCUUUGCAUCUACAGCUUCUCCAGCUUUUGCAUCUACAGCUUCUCCAGCCUUUGCAUCUACAGCUUCUCCAGCCUUUGCAUCUACAGCUUCUCCAGCCUUUGCAUCUACAGCUUCUCCAGCCUUCGCUUCUACAGCUUCCCCGGCCUUCGCUUCUACAGCUUCCCCGGCCUUCGCUUCUACAGCUUCUCCAGCCUUUGCACCUGUAGCUUCACCAGCCUUUGCACCUGAAGCUUCUCCAGCCUUUGUUCAUACUGCUACAGCUCCUGUAGACUCAUAUUUCUCUACUCAUGCUGCUUUUCAACCUUCCAGCAACAGAGCUCCAACAGUAGCGAACGUCUCUCAUCCACAGACCAAACCAUUCCCUGGAGCUAAGAACGUGACUCUCGCAGCAUCCACUAUAUCUUCUGCCAUUUCUGCACAGUCUAGCCAUCAGCAACAAGCUUCAUUUUCUUCCAGCUACCAGUCAAAACUGAGUGCCUCUAGCCAAUCCUUUUCCUCAAUGACAGUCAGCAAAGGUCCAACUCCUUAUGGAGGCCAGAGUGAAACUCCUGCUGCUAAGCCUCGUGUUGUUACCACUGCCAGCAUCAAACCUUCAGUUUACCAACCCAGCCAAGCUCCUGCCCCAGUGCAGUCACAGCCACAGCCACAGCCAAUGACAUAUGCACCUCCCCAACAGGAGCCAUCCAGUCGCCCCCCAUGGGUAACAGAUGAUUCAUUUUCUCAGAAAUUUGCACCAGGCAAAACUACCUCCACUGUGACUAAACACAUCCUGCCAAAAGCUGCCCCUCCUCCUCUUGCUCCAAUAUCCACUCAACCCUACCACCCUCAGCCUGCGGCACCGUCACCAGCUCAGGCUCCCAGGGGUCUAAUACAGCGUGCGGAAAAGUUCCCUGCAAGCAGCAGGACUCCCCUGUGCGGACACUGCAACAGCAUCAUCCGUGGACCUUUUAUUGUGGCUAUGGGCCGGUCAUGGCAUCCAGAGGAGUUUAACUGUGCCUACUGCAAGACAUCCUUGGCUGAUGUGAGCUUUGUGGAGGAGCAGAAGAGUGUUUAUUGUGAACAUUGCUAUGAGCAGUUCUUUGCUCCAACAUGCGCCCGUUGUAAUACGAAAAUCAUGGGGGAAGUGAUGCAUGCUCUGAGGCAGACUUGGCAUACCACCUGCUUCGUCUGCGCUGCUUGCAGGAAACCGUUUGGUAAUAGCCUAUUCCAUAUGGAGGAUGGAGAGCCUUAUUGUGAGAAAGAUUAUAUUGCUCUUUUUAGCACAAAAUGCCAUGGAUGUGAUUUCCCUGUGGAAGCUGGAGAUAAGUUUAUUGAGGCUCUUGGGCACACUUGGCAUGAUAGCUGCUUUAUUUGUGCUGUUUGCCAUGUGAAUUUGGAAGGCCAACCCUUUUACUCCAAGAAAGAUAAACCUCUCUGCAAGAAACAUGCCCAUGCCAUCAAUGUCUAAGGAUGAAUCAUAUGUAUGGGAGACAAAGUGCGCAACAGAACAAUGCGUAUGUUCAGUACUAAAUAAAAUGGGUUGUAUAUCAAUAACAUCAGGAGGAUACUUUCCAUCACUCUAUGCAAAUGUAUCAAAAUAUAAGAUUUACAAAUGCAUUUCUUUUUUGUUUAAAAAAAUGUCCUAAAUGUGAUGUUUUUGUUGGGUAAAAUUCAGUACACUCAUAAUGAAAGCUAAGGAAAUAACUGCAGCUGUAAAAAGCAGUGAGAUUGUUGGAUAAAGCUGUUUGCAACUGUGAUAAAUUAUUAUCUCCAAUUGUUCCUAGCAACAAUAUACUUUCAUACCGAACAUAUUAUUUAUUUUGUUGUCUAUGGAGUUAUGGGGAAUUUAUCAUUUUGUUGAUGAUCAUAAAAUAAUUUUAGGAAUAAAAUAUAAAUUAUACAAAAUAAAUAAAAAAAAAAACAUAGUAGAGAAGACAGAUUAUUGCAAAAAACACUAUCAACAUUAUGUUGAUAUAAUAAACAGUUCACUUAGUAAUCUUUACAGAGAGGUCUGCAUUUAUCUGGUCUGUAAAAUAUUUGUAGCUGAAGGGGUGGAAAUAUUUAUAUAGCCAUGAGGUGCAAUUUUUUGGACACACAAGCUAUUUGACAUUUAAUAUCAGAUAUCUGUCAUUUUAGUUAUUUGUAAUUUUGCCUCCCCCUCCCCCUCUUUUCAGCCAUACAUGUUCUGAGAAACUAUGACCUUCCAUUGCUUUUUUACGGCUGAAUAAAAUCUAUAAAUUGUAAAAUCUGCAGGCACACAAAUUUCUCAUAGCUCAAAACGUAUGCCCACAUCAAUGUGGCUUAGUUCUUUAAUUUUAGUGGUGUUUUUUAUUUUUACAAUUGCUUUUUUUAUAUCACUUCCUCAUGCCACAAUUGUGAGGUUUUGCCAACUAUUUCUUUUAUCAUUUUUUUUGCAGAGGUGCCUUACACUGUGUAUUGCAUCUGACACAACUGGGGUUAAAAACAGCUUUGUAGUAGCUGGAUCUAAAAAUGUUUUGAUGAGAUUGAGUGCAUAGGCUCAGUUAUAGCAAAAAGAAAAAAAAAUAACAGAGUGCCAAGCAACCAGAUGUACAGUAUUUUUAGAGCUGUAGUCGAUAGUGUUUUAAAAUAAAUGAAGUGCAUCUUCGCCAAAAAAGGCAGUGCAAGCUGACUGUUUAUUUCAUGGAUCUCCACAACCUCAGUAAGAACAGACAAUUACACAAUUUAUAGUUCUUUGUGCCAAGAUGGGAUAGUUAUUAACUAACACUUCACAAUUCUUAAAAUAACAAAAUAAAAUAAAUAUAAGAAUCAGGUCAACUGUUUAUAACUACAAGUUCAUUUAAAUACUGUGCUGUGCUUUAUUACAGAUAGGGGAGCAGGGACACACACACACACACAAUCUUAAAACACAAAUUAAAGCCUACUUUAAACACAUAUCAAUAGGUAACAGACACAUGUUUAAUCCGUUUAAUGUCACAGAGGGCUGACUUAUAUUACAAGUAUUUCAACUUUCUUUGUUAGCCAUGGACUUAAAUGGAAAUAUAGCAUGCAAUACAAUGGGCUUUAUUUACUGUAGCAUUAAAGGGACACUGUACUCUGUUAUAUGAAAAAGCAGCAUGUAAACAUAUAGGGAUUUUUUGCAAGAAAAUGUAUUUAAGUAAAAACUGUUUAAAUUGAUGUAUAUAUCAGUGUUACUUGUAUAUUUGCAAAUAUUAAAUAGCUUAUAUUAACAGUAGGUACUUCCUGUUUAUAAAGAAAGUACCUAUCAGCCAAUCAGAAUAAAUAGGGAGUGCUUAUCUGCCAAUAAGCAUUAGUAUGAAGUACACAAGUGAGGCAGUUGUAUUAUUUUAAAAUGAAAUAUCUUUUGCUUCCCCUUCUUUAAUUGAAAAAAGUCCAGUCCACAUUUAGAUGCUACUCUUUUAUAUGAAUAGAAGACAAAUUUGAGUACAGUGUCAUUUAAUACUAAUUUAGUUUACACGCUGUCAUAUUUUAGCAUUGUGGUUUAUUUAAAAAAAAAAAAAAAAAACAUUCUUAGAAAAGCUUUGCUUUUUGAAACGAAUCAGAAAUAUGUCACUUGUUAUAUAUACUCCAUAGACAGCAAACAAAUGUUGUCUGUGUACUGCAAGAGGAAAUAAUUUUUCAUGCUCUCAAGUCAUUGAGAUUUGCAUACAGAAGAUUCUCUGAAAAUGUUACUGAAAUGUUUACAAGUAGCUUAUAGUCUGAAAUGAAUAAUAGUUGUUUUGGGGUGAUGGUGCCUGUAAGAAUUAGGGUUAAAGAGAUACUAAACCCAAAUAUUUUAUUUCAUGAUUCAGAGAGAGCAGCAACUUUCUAAUUUACUCCUAUUAUCAAAUUUUCUUCUUUCUCUUGGUAUCUUUAUUUGAAAAGCAUAAAUGUAAGCUUAGGAGCCGGCCCAUUUUUGGUUCACCACCUGGGUUCCGCUUGCUGAUUGGUUUCUAAAUGUAGCCACCAAUCAGCAAGCGCUAUCCAGGGUUCUGAACCAAAAAUGGGCUGGGUGCUCAGCUUACAUUCCUGCUUUUUCAAGUAAAGAUACCAAGAGAACAAAGAAAAAAAAAUCAUAAUAGGAGUAAAUUAGAAAGUUUCUUCAAAUUGCAUGCUCUAUCUGAAUCAUGGAAGAAAAUAUUUGGGUUUUUAUAUCCUUUUAAAACAUUCAUCUUUUAAAAAAUAUAUAUUUUCUUUUGUCCAGGUUUCUUUAUCAUUGUCCACAGACAUUUUAUUGGCUAGAAAAAAAAGUAUUAAAUACAUAUAGAAGUUCUGUCAGAUUUAAUACUAAAGCAACACUCAAUCCAGCCUUGCAAAGGUAUUGUUCUUCACUAUAACUGGCAAAGAUAUUUAGAUGGAAAUCUAAACAUAAACUCUCAGAGCCAAGAUACAUUUCUUAAAAUGCUUUAAAAGGAUAGCCACGUUUUUUCAAAAUCCACUUGAAAUUUUGAUUGUAAAUAAUAGGAUGGAUGAAGGUUAACGCAUGUUUAGGAAAGGCAAGAAAAGACAUUGAAUAACUUUAAAAUAAUGGAAAAUUAAUGUAUUUUUACAUUAAUCACAGGAGAAAACUGAUACACUUUAUUGGUUUUUAUAUAAAUUAACACUAGUAAGCGCUGGUAAAAAUCAAGAAAAGGGACAUUGAAUGACGAAUUGAUGAACUGACGAUGAACAGCCAAUAAGGGGAGUUUCAUAUUUGAAAGAGAUUGUCAUGAUGAUUUACAUAUUGUUAAAUGAUGAUUAUUAAUUAUCAAAAAAUAUAUUAUUUUUGUCAUAGCCUAUGCUUAACAAAAACAUCAUAUUUAUGAUUGUUCAUGAUAAAUGUAUUUGUACAUGUAUUAUUAACCUACAUGAAUAAUACACAACGAUUCUGUGCAGUUUUACAUUUAUGAUCUUGUUUGUUGAGUGCACAGCACCACUCAUUGCUUAAGUUGUUUUAAAUUUAAUGGUACAUUUUAGUGUAUGAGGUGACCUUCCUGCACUGACAUUGGAAUCUCAGGAUCUCAGAAGACAUUAAAUUCUUAGGGUUUGCCAGAAAUUUCCAGCACCCAGUCAAUCAUAUUGAUUGGUCAUUGGUUCCCUGUGGUUUUACUCUGGGAGAUGUAGUCCUGCUAUCUAUCUAUCUAUCUAUCUAUCUAUCUAUCUAUCUAUCUAUCUAUCUAUCUACAUUUUAACCAAAAAAACACAUAUGUUAUUUAGUGUGUCAGAAGCUCAAACUUGACACAGUAAACGCUACAGAACCACCAGCCUCAGGAAAUAUGACCCUCAUUUAUAUUUCCAUACUAAAGAUAAACUGCAAAUAUGUAUAAUUGUUUUAAUGUGAAUACAGUGGGAAGUUCCAAUAAGGGUUGAUAAUUAAUGUUUUCAUUUUGUUCCUCUUUUACUUCAUACAGAGUCUAUUCCGUUCCAAAAAAACAAAUAGCCAAUAUAUAUAUAUAUAUAUAUAUAUAUAUAUAUAUAAUUUCAGCUGCAUUAUUGCAAAAAAACCCUAUAUAUAUUAAAUAUUUUUAAGCAAACAACCAAUUUAUAAAAAGAUCUAAUAGGCAACAGAUGGAUAGAAGAAGACAAGUAGAUAGAUAGAUAGAUAGAUAUAUGAAAGAUAGAUUGAUUCAUUAUGAAAAGUAUAGUUUAAAUAAAUAAAUUAGCUAACACAAUUUAUAGUUGAUACCUUGAAUGUCUAACAGAGAACACAACUGCCUGAUAACUUAUAAACAAACAAUAGAUAACUUGUAAAUCACAAUAAGCAAUAUAAGUGAACAAAAAAUGUGAUAUAGUGCACUAUCAAAGGAUAUAUAUUUUGUGUUAAAAGUCCCAAAAGUAUUUAAAAAGUCCCAAAUUGGAUGAAAAUGUUGUUUAAAAGAAAAAGGAAAACCAUCCGCUUACAAAGACCGUGGUAACACACACAGAGGUGGGGAUUUGUAAAAUUGGAGCUUGUAAACCUCUAAAAUAAUAGACGUGUGUUACCGCGGUCUUUGUAAGUUGAUGGUUCUCAUGUUUUUAACAAUACCCUAUGGGGAAAAAACAGUGGCUGUUAGAACAACUUUGAAUAAAAACAUACAUAAUAACCCAUUGGUGCAUGUAGGCCCUCAUAAAUUAUCUUUUUAGAGGUGGUUUUUAAAUUAAAUGUUAAUGAAAAAAUAUAUAUAAUGAAGCUUAUAACAUAAUAUACUGUAUAUUAUAGUAAUAUACAGAGAACAAUUUAAAAUAAAUAUUUUUGUUUGAAGUUUAACUUGGACUAAAACCCUAAAUUCUAAAACAAAACUCCUUGGUAGGGGAAAAAUUAAUCAUAGACAGAAAUGCUGGUUGACGUUUUUUUAUUUUAUUUAUUAAUUAUAAAAAGUAUCAUGGGCACAGCUUUUGCAUUUUUUUUUCUUGUGAUUAUUUACUAAAAAUAAAUAGUAUUUUUAAUUGAGGUUUUGCAAACCUACAUGUAAAAAAAUCAAUAGUUUUAGAGAACUUUGUAUCACUGUGAUUGAAAUUGAAUUUAAAUAUAUAUUAUGAAGUGAAAUAUAAAAAUAUAUAGAAAAAAAAUAAUUUGUUGCUAAAAAAAGACUGAUAUUACAUGACGUGCAAAUUUUUCUAACAUUUUCUAAUAAUAUUUCAUGUUUAAGUAAUGUCUUGUUAAAUUAACAGUUUUUAAGAGUUAAGAGUUUUCAGCUGAAUAAGUCAAUUUUUAUUUAAACACAGCUUCUAAAGUAGAUUUUUUGUUGCCUUAUUGCUGUACCUAACAUACUAAAAGUGUUGACAAUUUAAUAUUAUGACAUUUAAGUUAUAGAUAGAUAGAAACUUAUGAAAAAAAAUGAAUAUUGUAAUAGCUGUGAUACAUCUGUGUUUUAUUUAUUAUAGAGUGUGUGUGAAAAUAGUUUAUUAUAAAUGCUAUAUUUUAAUUAAUUUUGACAAGCCUUUAUUGUACUCAACUAAUUUAAGAUAAUUAGAAUAUAUUUACAUAUUUAGAUUUCUAGGACAUGUCAUCUACCAGUGAUCUGAAAUCUACUUUUAGAUAGGAUUUUAUUAUUAUUAUUUUUUUCACAAUGGUUGUCGAUUUUUAUUAGUAAGGAGCAUUCUUUAAAAAGGGAUAUUGUAUUAAAAAUUUUAGUAAAAAUUGUAACAGGUUUAAGAAACAUUUGUUAAAAUUUAAACUAGCAGAAAAUACAAAUUUGUGUACAAAUUAUACUGCUGUAUUAAUGGUCACUGGCUGAUGGAGACAAUUAAAGCAGCUCUGUUUAAAGAGGUAAAUGUGUCUCCAUAAGUAAAAUCUGAUUUAAAUAGCACAGCAACAUACAUAUUUUAAAGCAAAACAACGUAAUGUAAUGUAAAAUUAAACAAAUAAAUAAUGUGUACAAUAUCUCUUUAAGUGGGACAGAUUUUAACCCUUGCUUUGUGAUGUGCCUUGCAUCUAUUGUACUGUAAGAAUGCACUGGGUAUUUUUCAAAAGUAACACUGCUAAUAGUUUGUAUUUUUGGCUAUAAUUUUAUAUUUUUUAUAGUUGACACUUAAAAAUAAUGUUGAAACAGAGUAAAGGCAUACUGUUUUGAACACAUAUCAAAGUUCACCUCAAGACAUCCAAAAUGUUUUGGUAAACUCCAAAGCUGAAUGCCUAAAUAUACAUGCGAAAGCCAAUAAAAGUCACAAUAGCUGGAUAUAAAUAAAUAAUUAAAUAAAUAAAUACAUAAAUAAGAAAAAGACAACAAAUAAAGUGCCAUUAUAGCCCUCACUUAAUUCUAUAAAAAUAUCUAUAUUUGUAUUUUAUUAAUUUAAAGCUAGCUAGAAACUGUAAUUAAAAAGUCAGUUAAAUGGACAGUCAACACUAAAAUUGUUAUUGUUUAAAAAGAUAGAUAACGCCUUUGUAAUCCAUUCCCCAGCUUUGCACAACCAAUAUUGUUAUAUUAAUAUACUUUAUAAUCUUUAAACUUCUAAAUCUCUGCCUGUUUCUAAGUCACUACAUACAGCCUCUUAUCACAUGUUUUUUUAUUUGCUUUUCACAACAGGGGAGUACUAGUUCAUGUGAGCCAUAUACAGUAGAUAACAUUGUACUCACACCUGUGGGUUGUGGCAGACACUGCACUAAUUGGCUAAAAUGCAACUCAAUAGAUAAUAAAUAGUCAGUCAUGUGAUCAGGGGUCUGUCAGAAGAUGCUUAGAUACAAGUUAAUCACAGAGGUAAAAAGUAUAUUAAUAUAACUGUGUUGGUUGUGCAAAACUGGGGAAUGGGUAAUAAAGGCAUUAUCUAUCUUUUUAAAAAAAACAAAAAACAUUUUUUUAGUUGACUGUCCCUUUAAAACUGAGAUAACAUAAAAAAUAUGUAAAGGUGUGUUCACCUCUGCUUGCAGGUGCAUUAUAAUUCUUCACAUGACUUGUUUGUUUUCACACCCAAGUUCUUGGCAGCAGGAAGCCUUAAAUAUGAGUUCCAAAGCAUAAAGUCUGAGGUCUUUUGAGUGUCACAAUUCCUUUAUAUUCAUUUUUAUACGCGUUUGAUAUUUUAUAUAUGGGUAUGUAACUGUAAAACUCAUACUUGUCUACAUCAACGAUGGUUGUGCCACAUGUGUGGUCAGUAGAAAGGUCUUUUUGUAUUGCUAUACAAAUUGUUCCAGAUCACUGCUUCUAAUUUAAAUCAAACCAUAACCAGCUGAUUUUAUUUUUUGGGUGAUAUGGAUUGUGGAAGACAUUUCUUUCAUACAGGCCCCAUAGAUGUAUUAAAAUUAUAUGCAAUAUUCUGAAUUAAAUUGUCUUUCAAAUGUUGAUGACUAUACCAAAUACAGUAGUAGACCAAUGCUGUUUGUAACACAAUCACACCAUGAUUCUAGUUGUGUGUUUGGAGACUUAGAAUAUUGAUUUAUGUUAUUAAUAAAGUUUUACAAAAUGGAGUGUUGUUUUUGCAUGAAAAUAGUGUGCUUGGAAGUUGGUUUAUAGUCUUGUGAUUAAUUUAAAGUGAAAGUAAAUUUUCACCAACAUACUUAAUGCCAUGGAUUCCUCUUAUAACACUAUGUAGUCGCUGUUUUUUUUUUUAAUUCCUUGUUAUUUUUUUUAUAUCUUAUCGAUAUUAUCGAUUUUUUUACCAUCUCUGAUGUUCCUCUGCCCCGCUCAUUUCCUGGUUUGGCUAUUUUAGAAGUAAGAGAAGCAACAUGUAUUGCGCAUGCGUUAUCAGUGAAAGAUUCCAAAUGAUAAACUAUUACAUACUCAGAUUCCUUUAUAAAUGUAUAAGUGUUUGUAUUUAAAAUAUUAAUCUGAUCGCUUUGUGCAGAUGCUGGUACGUCAAUCACAAAGUUUCCCUAUUGAGGACAAUGCGCAUGCGUGUCUCAUGAAUGCACUUCUAUACAGGGAGUGAAUUCAAUGAGACACGCAUGAGUAGUUGAAGUUGGGGGCGUAUAUUCAUGAUUUUCAGAUGCCACUGGGGGACCAAUAAGAAUCUUUAAGACAAUAUUUGUUAUAUACAAAUAUUUUUUUUUAUCCAGGCAGAGGAACGGCGAUAUACAUAAGCAGAUUCAAAGGUACAAUUAUGACCUAAUUAGAUUAUAUAUAAAAAAAUCAUGAAUUAAACUCAACAUAAUUUUAUAUGUAUUUUAUGUUCCGGCAUAGAGGUGAUUGAUAGUUUACUUUCACUUUAAACACUGCCAUAACUCCACCAUGUGCUCUUAUUUUAAUUAUUAUUAUUAGUAUAAUUAUUUGAAUUAGAAAAUACAAUGCUGCAGACUGACAGUGUGAAUGUAUCAUGUAUGUACUAAGAGCCUAAAACAUUCAUUUUCAGCAUUUGUAACAAUGUAUAGCCAUACACUGAAUAAAGUUAAAACAAAA